CCAACAUUACAUAAACACUCAUACCAGUAUUAUGAGUCCAUUCUAUCUUUUAGUAGGAAGAACAACAAAAAAAAGCGCGAAUCAGAUGUCACGCAGAUGCGUGACGUAGAAUGUUCAGUGUUCAGCGAGCUAAGAAAGAACAUGGCGACUGAUGAGGAUUCGGAAGAUUAUUUUGUUCGAGAAAUAGAGAAAAAUGACGGGUCUGUUUUAAGAAUGUAUCAGUGCAGCAAAGGGGACGUGGGCUGUGUAGUAUGGGACGCUGCUAUUGUCCUGUCAAAAUACCUCGAAACGGAACAAUUUUGCUGUGUUCAGUCUGGUGUUAGUACGUGGUCCUCUAAGAACAUUGUUGAACUGGGCGCAGGAACAGGACUCGUGAGUCUCGUGGCUGCAACUCUGGGGGCAAAUGUCACAGUGACAGAUCUGGAAGACCUGCAGCUUCUCCUUCAACUAAACAUUAGGAAAAAUCAGCAUCUCAUCCAUACAGGCUCAAUCACAGCCAAGGUACUGAAAUGGUUUGUACUACAUUUUAUCCUACAGGAUCUUUUUUGGAAGGG